AUGGAUUCGGAUGGGCUGCCGCUCCACUGGUUUGACCUCCAUGGGCUUAACUGGUGCCUUCUGGCAAAGGUAGAGACUGACGUAAUGAUCGGCUGUGUCGGCCAAGAAGUGGUGGCCGGCUUGUCGUGUGCCGGUGCCCUCGAGACGUCGAGCCUCAGCUUGCCGACCUGCGACCAACCUGUUCACGACGCCUGGCUAUUCAUCGUGCUUGGCGCGCUGGUCCUGAUCGAGAUGCUGUUUGGAUUUGUGCUUGGACGUCGUCUGAUCCGCCCA